AGAAAAGGGUGGGGCUAAGAAGAUGGUUGGUUACUUCGGCAAGAGGGGACGAGGGCCAUACUGCAGCGGAAAGCGGACGAAUCCCAAAAUUUUAAAAGUAUUACAGUCAUUUCUUAGGUUCCCCAUUGAAUGUGUGGGGAAAACCAAUCCAGCGAAAGCGAGACAGUGCCGUAGACAUUUGAAGGCGGUAUCGCUACGGAUUCGCCCGGCAGUCGGUGAUAUUUCCAUGAAACCCGGAGUGUGCAUUUUCGGUUUCCCCCUCUCUACGGUUGGCAAAGGGUGGCUGGGCUCGCUAUUUCAGCUAAUAGAGAAGGGCCAGUGAGGUUUGGAGGGUGAGAGCCCACGCGAGAAGAGUCGACAAGCGCCGGUCAUUCUCCUGACAGUUGCAACUGCAAAGGUGUUUCCAGUCCCCCCUCGGUCUCGUGACUUCCGGGUCGGCCGUUCCUGGGGGCGGGGCUAAGCGAGUCACGGGGGUUAUCUGAGGGGGGUGGCGAGCGGUUGGCGGGGGUAGGAGUUCGGGGUCCUCGGAAGCGGCCAUGGAGAAGCUACGCCGGGUGCUCAGCGGGCAGGACGACGAAGAGCAAGGGCUCACGACACAGGUGCUGGAUUCUUCAUCUCUUAGUUUUAGUACUCGAGUGAAGUGGUUCGCAAUAUGCUUUGCUGGUGGGAUUUUGUGCUCUAUCCUUGGGACAAUAAUGCUCUGGGUUCCAGUUGGUGGCAUGAAACUCUUUGCCGUAUUCUACACCAUAGGAAACAUUUGUGCAUUAGCCAGUACAUGCUUCUUGAUGGGUCCUGUGAAGCAGCUGAAAAAGAUGUUUGAGCCCACACGAUUAUUGGCAACACUUGUUAUGCUGUUUUCUUUUAUCCUAACCCUGUGUGCUGUGUUCUGGUGGCAUAAGAAAGGGCUAGCUCUACUGUUCUGCGUAUUCCAGUUCUUGGCAAUGACCUGGUACAGUUUGUCAUAUAUUCCUUAUGCCAGGGAUGCUAUAAUGAAAUGCUUCACAUCCUGCCUAAGUUAAAGUGAACAAACAGGAAUUCUUCUGGAAGCCAACUCUACUUACCUAAGUUUACUCCAAUAUUUUUCAGUUCCUGAAACAGAUUUCCUCCAUUCACAAUGUUAGCAGAAUCGCUAUUAAAGUCCCUGUGUGUCAUGAAUAUCUAUAAUAGGCUUUAAAAUUAUUGUUCUCCUCACAAAAUAGUCUUAAAUCCAUUUGGAUUAUGUUCUGCUAACAUAACCUAAAAGUAGAUAGUCUUGAAGUUUCAGGAAAACACAUGUAAAUACUUCGUCUUCAGUUUUCUAUUUAUCUUUAUUGGUGCAUUUGUUACAUGUUUUUUCCCCCAAAGACCUUUAUAAUCAUUGUAAAUGAAUUAUUUUACUAAAUCUAUACAUAAUGGGACUCCUCUGUAAUAGUAUAGGAUCGUGAAUAUAUGGGAGUUUUUAAACAUGUAAAUGGUUAAACUCGUUUUAAAUGUCAACUUUUGUACUGUGAUACUUAAAAUACACUUGAAAAAUGCUUAUAAGUAAUAUAUAAUUCAAUAAUUGUGAGAAAUAAACAAUUAUAUAAAAGAA